CUGAGCAUUCAAUCAGAGCAGAGAAGAGGCAGGAGAGGAGGAGGAGAGGGAUCCCGGUGAAAAAGCGGCCGCUCUGGAAGAUCUGUGGACAGACGCAAGGAGAAGAGCGAGGAGAGGGAAACAUUUGGAAAAGGCUGAAGAUGGUUGGUCUACAUUGGCUCUUGGUAGCGAUGAUGGCGUACGUGUGCGUACCAGGGUUUGGGUCCGAGUGCCUGAAAAGCUCCAUCUGCAACAACCUGCGCACCGAGCGAAGGAUCCAGAACUGUAUUCGCCUCUGCAUACAGAAGAUCCAGGCAGAGCUGCCGCAGCUCAAUGAAUUGGCCCCGAAGAUAGACGAGGAAAAGGACCUCUUACUCAGGGUCAUUCUGGGCAUCCUGGCCUCCAGCAAAGACAAGGAACCGGGCGUGACACCCCACAGCAACGAGCGACGCUCCUACUCUAUGGAGCAUUUCCGCUGGGGGAAACCAAAUGGCCGCAAACGUCGGCCCAUCAAAGUCUUCGCGUCGUCUCUGGAGGGAGAGGGCUCCUCCGAGGUCGGCUUCCCCGCUCAGGUUCGCAGGCAGCUGGGUGGUGCCGAGGGCGAGACGAGCGGCGACCUGAAUCCACAAAGCAAGGGAAAGCAGAGGGCAAAGGUCAAGUCACAAGUGCCGCUGAGCCCGCAGCACAGAAAAGACGGGAGCUAUCGCAUGAGCCAUUUCAGAUGGGGCAACCCCAACACCUCGAAGCGUGACGGCAGCUUUAUGAGGCCGCUGGAGGAGAAAUCUAAAGCCCAGCUGGCUAAGCUCUUGAGGAACAUUCUACACAAGGAUGUGCAGAGAGGAUCAUAGGAUGAAAGAAGCAUGUUAUGACCCACAGAUAUGAAUUAGUAUAAGUUACAGGAUUUGGUAAAAAGGUUUCUUUCUUUUAAUCUUGAUUAAAAAUAUUGAGUUGGUUUUAUGUUGAGUUAAAUGUUAUGCUGCAGCCACUGACCCCUUUGACCUUCUUGACUUUUACGGCUUUUAAAUGGGCUUUAAGUGUUUAUUUGCUUGUUUGUUUGUUUGUGGUCGGACAUGUCAUUACUGAUUCAAAUGUUUUGAAAAAGGAGCUAAAAGGUGAAUAUUUAACAAUAAAGAUCAUUGUGUUUGUGGCA